AUCCAUGUCGCCCUUUCUUUAAUCGACCACCUACAUGGAUCUGAAACGUGAGAAGACGAAGUAGAGAUGGGGAUCUUCACCUGCAACCGCUCCUGUAUAUAACGAGGCUCACGUUGUCUCACCACCUCGGCGUGGCAGAAGCAAGAGGAAGACGCAAGUUAGCGAUGGAAAAAGUGGUCUCGCAGCUGUACCAGGUCCUUCUCCUGUCGUGGGCGGCCCUGCCGGAGCUGCCGCUGGGCGAGCUGUGGCGGCAGUUCCGCGCGUGGGUGGCCGUGCCGCUCCUGCGGCUGGCCGUCUUCAUCUGUCUCGUCAUGUCGAUCAUGGUGCUGGUGGAGAAGGUCUCCAUGGGCCUCAUCACCCUCUACGCCAAGGUGUUCCGCCGCCGGCCGGCGCGGAUUUACAAGUGCGACCCUUUGACGGAGGACGAGGAGAUGGGCUCCCUGGCCUUCCCCAUGGUCCUGGUCCAGAUCCCGAUGUACAACGAGAAGGAGGUGUAUCAGCUGUCGAUAGGAGCGGCCUGCAACAUGGUGUGGCCGAGCGAUCGGAUCAUCAUCCAAGUGCUCGACGAUUCGACCGAUCCGCUCAUCAAGGAACUGGUGAAGAAGGAAUGCGAGAUGUGGUCCGAAAGAGGGAAGAACAUAAGGUACGAGAGGAGACAGAACAGGAACGGGUACAAAGCAGGUGCUCUGAAGGUGGGGAUGAGGUACAGCUAUGUGGAGUCCUGCGAGUACAUCGCCAUGUUCGAUGCCGACUUCCAGCCUGCACCAGACUUCCUCCUGCGAACAGUCCCCUUCCUCGUCCACAACCCCAAAAUCGCCCUCGUUCAAUCUCGGUGGAAGUUUGUGAAUGCUUCCGAGUGUUUGAUGACAAGAAUGCAGGAGAUGUCCAUGAAUUUCCACUUCAAGGUGGAGCAGGAAUCUGGUUCUACGGCGCGUGCGUUCUUCGGAUACAAUGGUACCGCUGGUGUGUGGAGAAUCAGAGCCAUUCAUGAAGCCGGAGGCUGGCAGGAUCGGACCACAGUAGAGGACAUGGAUUUGGCUGUCAGAGCAGGUCUCGCAGGCUGGAAGUUCGUGUACCUCGGCGACGUCAAGGUCAACAGUGAGCUACCGAGCACCUUCAAAGCUUACCGAUAUCAGCAGCAUCGUUGGUCUUGUGGCCCGGCGAAUCUGUUUCGGAAGAUGUUCUUGAAAGUGCUGAUGGCUGAGGGAGUUGCGAUGUCGAUGAAGUUCUAUGUGAUCUACAACUUCUUCGUGGCCCGAAGGAUCGUCUCCCACUUCGUCACCUUCUCGUUCUACUGUGUCGUAAUCCCUCUCUCCGUCUUCUUCCCCGAAGUCAUAAUCCCCAAGUGGGGCCUCAUGUACGUUCCCACAGCCAUCACCAUCAUCAAUGCAGUAGCAACACCGAGUUCCGUUCAUCUCGUAAUCUUCUGGGUGUUGUUCGAGAACGUCAUGUCCUUGCACCGAUGCAAAGCUGUUCUCAUCGGAUUGCUGGAAACAGGGAGAGUGAACGAAUGGAUAGUGACUGAGAAGCUGGGAGACACGUUGAAGACCAAAACCAACACUUGUGCCACCAAGAGAUUCCGGUUCAAGAUCAAGGAGAGAUUCAAUCUCCUGGAGAUCAUGGUUGGCAUAUAUCUGCUCGUAUGCGCAUGCUAUGAUUACGUGUAUCGGGAUGACCUCUACUGCAUCUUCAUCUUCCCACAGUCUCUUGCAUUCAUGAUAAUGGGGUUCGGAUACAUUGGAACCAUCAUUCCUGGAGACAAAUAAGACAAGUUGAUUCCGAUUCAUUUGCCAAGAAGAAUUACUUGGCCAUCGUUCCACUGAGUUGAAGCAGCAUGCAAGAGAGAAAAAGAAGAAGCAGCAGCGACGUAUGACCUGCUUCAUCACAGCAAAGAUUUAUGCCCAAGUCUUCAUGAAUAAAAGAGCACCCAUCAACCCCCAACUGUAUCUGUCUCUUUCCAUUAUUGUAGCAAGUUUUUUGUUACAUCUAGUAAUAAUAAUCAUGCAGUGGGCGCAGAAUUGCUUGUAGAGUACGUAAA